UUUUACUAUUCACAUUUUGCCUUCCAUUUUCCCUUCUAUCGUCGUUUAUUCCCUCGUCCAUUCUCUUUCUCUCUCCAUUAAAAAUAAAAAUUUUAAUACUAAUUUUCGUUCCACAUUUCAAUUUCUCCCAAUAAGGGCGAAAACGGCGUUCAAAUCUAGCUAGGGUUUCUCAAUUUAAUUUCUUAAAAAUCAUUUUGGAAAAAGAUCCAAAAUGUCGCAGCCGCAAUUCGGGAAAUUAAUGCCUAAUCUUGAUCAACAAAGCACGAAAUUCCUCAAUUUAACGGUUCUCCGUCGCAUCGACCCUUUCGUCGAAGAAAUUCUCAUCACCGCCGCUCAUGUCGCCUUCUAUGAGUUCAACAUCGACCUUAGCCAAUGGAGUCGAAAAGAUGUCGAAGGAUCUCUUUUUGUUGUCAAGAGGAAUACGCAGCCUAGGUUUCAGUUUAUUGUGAUGAAUAGACGCAAUACUGAUAAUUUGGUGGAAAACCUUUUGGGAGAUUUCGAGUAUGAAGUUCAGGAUAAAUAUCUACUAUACCGCAAUGCUUCUCAGGAAAUAAAUGGUAUUUGGUUCUAUGAUGCACAUGAACUCGAGGAGGUUGCGAAUCUUUUUAGCAGGAUUCUUACUGCAUACUCAAAGGUGCCCCAGAAGUCAAAGGCAACAUCAACAAAAGGUGGGUUUGAAGAACUGGAAGCUGUCUCAACAAUGGCCAUCAUGGAUGGUCCCUUGGAGCCAUCAUCAUCAACUGCACCCAGUGUCGCAGAUGUCCCUGAUGAUCCUGCCUUUGUGAAUUUCUUCAGUACAGCUAUGACCAUUGGAAAUGCUUCAAAGACGUCGAAUUUUGGACAACCAUACCAAUGUUCUGCUGCAAUGCCUGCCCCUUCUAACCCACCCAUUGUUGCGUCCCCUACAGUGCCAGCUUUGCAUUUGCCAUAUCCUCUAUCGUCUUCUACUCCAUUGAUGCCACUACUUGAUACCCCUGAAUCCGGAAGCAAUCAUACUAAUCUCGUAAAGCCCUCGACGUUCUUUUUGCAUCCUUCCUCUUCUUCACAGAUAUUGCCACCUGUCUCUACAUCUUCACCGACUGCUCCUCUACUUAACCCUCCUCUGAGUCUACAACGCCCACAUGGUGCUCCACUGCUUCAACCUUUUCCACCGCCUGCUCCCUCACCAUCACUCACGCCUGCUCCGGUUCCCACGCACAACUAUGGUUUAACUAUCAGUAGAGAAAAAGUUCGAGAUGCACUUUUGACUCUCAUUCAGGACAACCAAUUCAUCGACAUGGUCCACCGAGCACUGCUAAAUGCUCAUAAUUCUUGACCACCAAAUAAAAAAUGCUGGUAUUAUACUUUUUUUUUUGGCUAUAGUUUUGUUUUUGGGGUCUAUUGUUUUAGGUGGUUUUGGUUGGUCCUCCUUUAGUCACACCCUUUACUAGAAGUUAAAAACACAAAACUAUCAAAUUGUCUUCCUCAAUGGAUUUGGUUGGUGCUGGUGUUAUUAUUCAUUAUAGUAUAUACACAUAUAAUAUGAUUCUGAUUUUUA